CGCUCCGUGCAGCUAAACUAACGCGUGCGCGUGUUCUCUCAGCACUCCAACGGCGGUUAGAAAAACGUCUAAGGAAGCGGCGCGCGCUGGCGGAGGGAGGGAGCUCACGGUCCCCGCUCCUCCUAUCACGUGACGCUCGACCACUCCCUCCUCUCGUUGUGUCCGCGCGGCGUCGCACUCCGGGUAUUUGAACCGCGCUUCCGCCAUCUUUCCAGCGCCUAGUCACUGAGGGGAGCGACACCGAGAGACGUCUCGGGAAGACCCAGCAUGGCCGCCCAAGGAGAGCCCCAAGUGCAGUUUAAGCUUGUCUUGGUUGGUGAUGGUGGUACUGGUAAAACAACAUUUGUAAAACGUCAUUUGACUGGUGAAUUUGAGAAGAAGUAUGUAGCUACACUGGGUGUUGAAGUCCAUCCUCUGGUGUUCCACACUAAUAGAGGUCCAAUUAAAUUUAAUGUAUGGGACACGGCUGGUCAGGAGAAAUUUGGUGGUCUGCGGGAUGGUUACUAUAUUCAGGCUCAGUGUGCCAUCAUAAUGUUUGAUGUAACAUCAAGAGUUACAUACAAGAAUGUACCUAACUGGCAUAGAGAUCUGGUACGAGUAUGUGAAAACAUCCCUAUAGUGUUGUGUGGCAACAAAGUGGAUAUUAAGGACAGAAAAGUCAAGGCAAAGUCAAUUGUCUUCCACAGGAAGAAGAAUCUUCAGUACUAUGAUAUCUCAGCUAAGAGUAACUACAACUUUGAGAAGCCCUUCCUCUGGCUUGCCAGGAAGCUAAUUGGAGAUCCCAACUUGGAGUUUGUUGCCAUGCCUGCUCUUGCGCCCCCAGAGGUUGUUAUGGACCCAGCAUUGGCAGCACAGUAUGAGCAAGACUUACAGAUUGCUCAGACCACUGCCCUGCCAGAUGAAGAUGAUGACCUGUAAGGGAUGAAGCUGGAGCCCAGCGUCAGAAGUCUAGUUUUAUAGGCAACUGUCCUGUGAUGUCAGUGGUGCAGCGUGUUUGCCACUUUAUUAUCUAGCUGAGCAGAACAUGUGCUUAAUCUUUGGGAUGCUGAGAGAUGAAUGGGCUUCGGAGUGAAUGUGGCAGUUUAAAAAAAAAAAAUUCAUAUUUUGGACCUGCAUAUCUAGCUGUUUUUUGGACUGCAAUUACUUCCCCUUUGAGUUUCAAAUCUAACUAAGACUGCUGCAGUCACAUCACAGUAUUCAGUGGUAAAUCUUGUUUGUUACUGUCAUUCCCAUUCCUUUUUUGUUUAGAUCAUAAUAAAGUUGUAUUUCAAAUAUCUAAACAAGUGAACUUUCAUGCAUUGUUAGGAGUAAGUUGAAUAAUGUCUCCUAUCCUUGAAUAGAUGCUAAUAUAGUAUUGAAUUUUAAUUUGAAUUUUUACACUUGUAAUAGGUAUGCAACAAGUAAUAAAUUAAAAGGUAAUCUAGUAAUCUUACAGGCUUCUUGAAGCCUAUCUGAUUUAAACACUGACUUUUAAAACCCAAAGUGUAACUUAAUUAGAAAACACAAAAGCAGUGAACAUCUGAGGGCUUGUCUACAGGUUAAUGUAGUGCGUGCUGGGGGUGUGUGAGUAGUCUGCGUGGACCAUGCUUGUGCACACUAAAAGUUCCUUGGUGCUUACUAGGUAGAAGCACACCAGGGAACUUUGAAUGUGUUCAAGCAUGGUUGACAUGGGCUAACUACAGCAUGUGUUAAUAUGUUUUUUAAAAUCACCCCGUUGUGCAAGUUACCCUACCAUGUAGACUGUCCCUGAAGGAUUGGCAAGUGUAAAUGGAUUGAAACAAGUGUAAAAUGCAGGUCUAAACCUGUUCUUAAUGGCUGCAUUUGAAAUACAGAUACUGACUGCUUGCAGGGAUUCUUAUUUUAGGAAUACAGUACCAAGCUCAACCUCCAUGCUACCUUUUAAAAAAAACCAAUCUUCAGUUCUGGUUUGCAGUUUUUUAAUCUAUUAAAAUGAACUUUGAAAUUCAGAGGACUCCAUACUAUAGCAACCAGAAACUAGUCAGCAAUAGGCCUGUUUAUAUUAAGUGAUGUACAAAUUAUAGCAGAGCUAGUGUUCUGCUAUAGUUAAGGCUGAGUGUUCCUCAGUGAAUACAGUGAAAUGGGCUCUUCGCUGAGCAUUGUAACUCACUUUCCACUGAAGAGUUACAGUUAGUAAAACUUGAGUCUAAUUCCAUGCUUGACUGAACUACAUAAGUCUUUACCAAACGGCACCAAGGUCUAAAUUUGAAAAUAGCUUAUUUCAGCACAGAUAGUGGAAAAUGUCAACUUUAACACUAAAUUUACUGGCACUUAAACCAGAUGUACACACCAAAAUGGAAGUUUUUAAGGGAAAUAAUUUUCAGUAGUGUUCAAUUAAGUACAUGAAUCCGUCAGUUUUGUAUUUUUGGUUUCUUAAUAAAGUGAAGCAUUUCAUUUAUUCCUCAA